AUGUCAUUUCUUGUUGCUUUAAUUAUUGGUAAUAGUGAUGAAUUAGAAGAUGAAAUAGCUUACCAAUUAGGAAGAAAAGGUGUAUGUGUUUUAUUUUGUUCAAGUAAUGAGACGAACCUCGAACGAGUAACAAAGAGAUUGAAUGAUGAAGAGAUUCAAGCUAACUUUAUUUUACUUGAUGCUAUUGAUCACAAAACAAUUGAUAAAAUUACUGAAUUAAUCGAUAAACAGUUCGGAAAAUUAGAUAUAUUAGUUAAUGUUGGAAUAUUAUUUAAUAAUGAUCAAUUUAAAAUAAAUAUUAUGACACCUCACGGAUUUGAAGCAAAAGAGUUUUUUGAUACAUUAGCUAUAACGCAAGCAUUUAAACCUUUGCUUCAGAAAUCUCCAUCUAGCUGUGUAAUUAAUGUAUAUGGUAAAGUGAGUGAUAGAAAUUCUAAUACUAGAUCAUUGACUGGAUUAUUUAAUGGUUAUUCGUCAAAAAUUGCAUUAAAUACAUUUAUCAGUCAGUUUAAUAAAGAAUUUGUUAAUACAAAUAUCAAGAUUGAAUCGGUUACGCUAGGUGAUGAUAAGAAUAAUCAAACAAUACAAGAAGAAGCUAGUCGCAUAAUUCGUUUAUCAAUUUUACCUCUAAUUGAACCAUCAAAAUCUAAGACCAUGCGCAUUCUCUAUGGUGUAGUCGGUGAGGGAAUGGGACAUGCAACACGAUCUAAAGUCAUUCUUGAAAUGCUCAUGAAGGAACAACAUCAUGUCAAAGUGGUCGUGAGUAAUCGUGCAUAUAAGUUUCUUGAUGGAAACUUUUCAAGUCAAUUUCCACGUUGUGCGGCAGCGAGCGACGGUCAGGCAGCUAUCGAUAUAGUAGAAAUCGAAGGUUUAAUAAUGGAAUAUAUCAACAAUGUUUUCGACGAGAAAGCUUCAGUUUUACAUACCAUGAAACGCUUGCCAAAUAUAGUUAACAAAAAUACUAUGGCUUAUUUUCAAAAUCUUGUUCUUUGGAAACCUCAGGCUGUUAUUAGUGACUUCGAUAGCUUCGCUUAUGUUUUCGCUAAAACACAUGGUCUGCCAAUCCUGUCGAUCGACAAUCAACAAGUUGUACAGCGGUGUUUAAUUCCAGACGAAGCUAAAAAGUAUGAUCCAAAAGCAUUCAAUACAUACAAAGCAUUUGUCCAGGCGAAACUUCCAGAUUGCGAUCAAUAUAUAAUCACUGGUUUCUUUUAUCCCGAUAUUCGUGACACAUACAAAGCUAUUACCAUGCUUGUUCCACCAAUUCUUCGCCAGGCUAUUCUCGAUGCAAAAACAUUACCAGCCGAACAUGGCGAGCAUUUUCUUGUUUACCAAACUAGCAAAAGUGAUACAUCUCUUAUCGCUACUUUAGAAGCCUUUGGCGAAAAAUGCAUAAUUUAUGGGCUUGGUCGCGAGGAAAAAAUUGGUAAUCUACAAUUCAAAGGUUUUUCUGAACAAGGAUUUGUGGAUGACUUGGCGCGUGCUAAAGGUGUCAUUGCUAAUGGUGGACUCUCCCUGAUGAACGAAGCGGUAAGCUUACAGCGACCAUUUUUCAGUGUCCCAGUCGCGAAUCAGUAUGAGCAGGUACUUAACGCAUGGUAUUUAGAACAACUAGGGUAUGGCGUCUUUGCGGAAAAAAUAGAACUUGCAGCACUAUUGGAGUGGGCACAAAAAAUUCCCCAAUACUCAAAAGCUCUUUCAAACUUUCAUCAUGAUUCAAAUAUGCGAUUGUACGCGACAGUAAAAAGGGUUCUUGCGGAUUUUAAUAAAAAAUUCAUUUGGUGGGAUCCAUUUAAAAUUUAUUUUAAAUGA